UUCAGAAAGAAGGUUUAAACCUUUGAAGAUACUUAUUCUCCCAUUACUCUUCAACAUCUUGGUCCUGCUCAAUUCUGUGGUUCCUGAUGAAACAAAUCAUUAAAAUUCUGCUUGUUUUGGAAAAUUUGCAAGAGAAGACAACUUGCACCUUGCAUGGUCACACCCUCCAUUUCUGCUUAUAAAAGGAGCAUGCAUGGUGCUUCCUUUCUACACAUAUCUUCAAGACUCUUCCUAGCACUAUACUGUAGAGUUUCUCAACCUUUCUUAAUUAGUUCCAUCUCUCUGUUGAAGUUGAGCACUACCAUAUACCAGUAGUUCACUACAUUUGAAACCUUAGGCAAUACUCUAUAUAUAUCUAGUUACCUUAACUAACUAUCAGAAAUGGCAUCAAGCUCAAUGUCAGCUACAGGUUCAUGGAGUGCUAAGGACAACAAGGCCUUUGAAAGGGCUCUAGCUGUUUAUGACAAGGACACCCCUGACCGAUGGAACAAUGUUGCCCUUGCUGUUGGAGGGAAAACUCCUGAUGAAGUGAAAAGGCACUAUGAGCUACUCCUCAGAGACAUUACUGAAAUUGAAUCAGGCCAAGUUCCAUUCCCAAACUACAAGAAAACUGCUGAAUCUGAUGAAGAGGGGAAAAGGCUGAAAAACAUGAAGCUCCAGUGACCAGACAAUAGGAAUCAACAACAGAUAAUUUGUGAUUUUCACCACCCACCAAGUUUUCUAGAAUCCUUAUUGUAGUACCUAGUGGUGUUACAUGCAUACUGAUAUGUAGCACCAAUGCCGAGUAGUAUUACUGUUAUUUCAUAAGAAUCGCAUCCCAUGAUUCCAUGCUUGUCAUUCAGUUCAAUCUGUUUAGAAGAAUAAAUGACUCUGUCGUAGUUCCCAUUCAUAAUAAAGUUUCAAUUUAAUGUUCU